CCUCUUGGCAUCUCUGGAGCUCGACUCGCCGUUCGCCCAGCGCCCCAUCAUCUACCGACAUUCCACUGGCACCCCCCUCCCUCCCAUCCACGCCUUCCCCGCUCUUCGCUCCUUCGCUCUCCUCAUCACUGCCUCAAAACUAACCCCCGUCACCCGCUGCUCCUCCCUCACCUCCCUCACUCUCUGGAACCCCCUUCCCUCCACCCUCUCCUCCCUCGCCUCCUCCUCCUCCUCCUCUGUCCGCCCCUCCCUCAAGUCCCUCACCCUCCACUCCGCCAAGCUCCAGUCCUGCGUCGCGCCCCUCGCAUCCUUCCCUCGCCUCGCCUCUCUCGCCUUCCUCGCCUGCACCAUCGACCCUUUCGAGCUGCACGCCCUUGCUCGCUCCCUCCACACGCUUACCCACCUCACUAUCCACAACUGCCCCUUGGUCUCCAGCCACGCCCUCGCAGCGCUGGUUGAAGCCAACCCGGCGCUCUCCUCCCUCUCCCUCCACGGCACCACCUACCGCCUUUUCAGCGCCGCGCCCUUCCGCUCUCUCCUCCUCCUCUCCUCGCCCCGCCUGCACACGCUCGAGCUCUCAGGGCUGCCGUCCUUCCGCCCGGGCAUGCUGGCGCACUGCAGUGGCCUGCACUCCCUGGCGCUGAAAGGAAUGCCGGAGACGGUUGCUGAGCCGAGUGGGGGGGAUGCUGAGAUUCGGAGUGGAGAAGGAAGGGGAGGAGGAGAGAGGGAAGGAGAAGGGGAAGGGGGGAGGACCAUGAUGCAUCAACACGUGUCAUUUGAGAGUUUCGUGGGCCUGCUGGUGCGCGUGGUGCAGAGGGGAGGAGAGGGCGGGGAGGUUGGAUGGGAGGUAGACAGGGAUGAAAAAGGGGAGGAAGGAGGGAUGGUUGGAGAGGGAGUUAGAGGGGAGGAGUGUGAAGCAGAAGAGGUUGGCAGGGGGAAGGGAGCGAGUGAAGUCACCAUUACUGCUGAUGCCGCACUAGCAAGAGUAGGAGCAGCAGGGCCUGCGGCAGAAGCAGAAGCAGCGGCGGCAAUAGUAGCACGAGCAGUUAACCCUAGAAACGAAGAAGAGAAAGAGUAUGUGGACAUUCGAACGGCGGCAGCAGCAGCCCGAGCGGACCUGAUAGAGUCAAGUCGAGACGUGGUCGCUCUCUUGGAUAUGGCCAAGGAUUGCCACACGGCCGUGCCUUCCGCUGCUCACUGGGCUCGCCUGGCGCGGGCACAGCGCCAAGAUGCCCUGUCCGAGAUCAAAUACGCCAUUGGUAAGAUAAGGGCGGGCAUCUCAACAUGGCGGGCGCUGCGAGUGGCAGCCUCGCAGAAAAACGCGGCGACAGAGCGGGAGGAUGCGGUGAGUGAGGCGUUUGCUGCUGCCACGACUGCGGGCGUGUUUGUUGACAUGCGGAGCAGGGUAGGCGAGGUUGAAGGGGGGUUGGCUCGUUUGGAAGACUUUGAUGGGAUGGUGCUGGACCAUGACUUGCCUGUUGAUGGUGCUGAUGGGGCUGAAGGGAGUGAGGAUGAGGGUGAGAUUGGGGGGAUUGCUGCUGCGGUUGACCCUCAGGCACAGGCGUUGGGUGUGAUGGAGUCGCUGCUGCAGCAGUUUUACGAGCAGGGCACUGCGGCGACAGUGAGUCUCAGGACCAUGCGCAUGCCUCGUGCAACUGCUGAUGCUGAUGCUGAUGCUGAUGCUGAUGCUGAUGCUGAUGCUGAUGCUGAUGCUGAUGCUGAUGCUGAUGCUGAUGCUGAUGCUGAUGCUGAUGCUGAUGCUGAUGCUGAUGCUGAUGCUGAUGCUGAUGCUGAUGCUGAUGCUGAUGCUGAUGCUGAUGCUGAUGCUGAUGCUGCUGCUGCUGAUGCUGCUGCUGAUGCUGCUGCUGAUGCUGCUGAUGCUGCUGAUGCUGCUGCUGAUGCUGCUGCUGAUGCUGAUGCUGAUGCUGCUGAUGCUGCUGCUGAUGCUGCUGCUGAUGCUGCUGAUGCUGUUGAUGCUGAUGCUGCUGAUGCUGCUGCUGCUGCUGCUGCUGAUGCUGCUGCUGAUGCUGCUGCUGAUGCUGCUGCUGAUGCUGCUGCUGAUGCUGCUGCUGAUGCUGCUGAUGCUGAUGCUGCUGCUGAUGCUGCUGAUGCUGCUGCUGCUGCUGAUGCUGCUGAUGCUGCUGCUGAUGCUGCUGCUGAUGCUGAUGCUGAUGCUGCUGAUGCUGCUGCUGAUGCUGUUGAUGCUGAUGCUGCUGAUGCUGCUGGUGCUGAUGCUGCUGAUGUUGCUGGUGAUGCUGGUACUGCGGGUGUUGCCACUGAUGCCACUGAUACUACUGAUGCUGAUGCUGCCGCUGAUGCUAUUGAUGCUGAUGCCGCUGAUGCUGCUGCUGCUGAUGCGGCUGGUGGUGAUGCUGCUGAUGCGGCUGGUGGUGAUGCUGCUGAUGCUGCUGGUGAUGCUGGUACUGCGGGUGUUGGUGCUGCUGCUGGUGCGAGUGCUGCAGCCACAGAAGCAGCACCAGCAGAUGGGGCAGCAGUGAUCGGGGAUGCAGCCGCAAUAGCGGAGAAAACGGGAGGAGGAAUAUCACAGCCACAAGAAAUAGGGAUGCAAGGGGAGCUAAUGCAAGGGAAUAAAGUCUCAAGGGAGGGAGGACAGCUCUCAGCCGCAGUCCUUUGA